CCUAUCAUUUUGACUAUCUGUAUUUGUUAUUUUAGUCCUUUUUAUUUCAAAAUUUGGCGUGUUAGCUUAAAUGAAGGGUAUUUAGGAGUUAGUGACAAGUACCUUUUAAACACUUUUUUAAUUCAUAUCGGUCACACGCCUUUGUGUUUUUGAAACUUCAGAAUUUUGAAAUAAUGGACUGAAAGGCACAGUGUAUUUGAUUGGUUAUAGUGUAAAAAAUGGAGAUGAACUCCGGGACAAGUCAGAAAUUAGCAAAGAAACGGACUCAUAAGAAACAUAAAACAGUUAAAAGAAGAAAACAGAAUGACUCAAGUGGUGAUGAAUCUGUUGAUAUGUCAGAAGAUGUAUUUCCUAUUGCCCAUUACAUCAGUAACCGAGAUCAAAUGAUAGAACAAGUGUUUGCUGUCAUGGAAAAAGAGAAGCUCAAUUGUAUGCUUCCCCCCAUUUUAAAAGGCUUGACUCUAAGUGCAUUAAAAGAAAGUUGCCUUAAGGAGCUGAAGAAUAUGUCUGACGAAGAAGUACGCAAAAUACUAUGUGGAGAACCACUUGAGACUCCUCCAGACAACAACUCCUUAACUCUUCAAUUGGACACAGAUUCUGGAGACAGUUUACCAUCGGUUGAAGAAUACUGCAGUGUAGAGGAAAAGAAGAAAACACUUCUAGAUAUUCUUGAACAGGAAAUGCAGGAAAUAGCUUACAAUACAGUCUUGAAGAGAGAUGAAAAUACCGUAUGCUCAGCUGAUUCUGAUGACGAUUUGCCAGAGAUAGUAGCGAUAACACCAACUAAUUCCUGUAAGUCACAGAAUAAUGUGCCACUUAUAUGCAUAGAUUCUGGAGACGAAGAGUCAAUCUUACCUCCAUAUCAGUCUGCACAUAGUAAUUCAACUGAAUCAAGUAUUGUAGUUAGUGAAAACAGAAGCAUUGCUGAGGAAAAUCAUUCAAAUAAUCAUUUUGAAUCUGGUAUCGAAGUGAUUUCUAUAGACGAGACUCUGGAAAAAGACACUGAUGUAUCAACCAAAGCCACUACGGAAGAACCUGAAGAUUUAGGAUCCUCACCAAAUUUUAACAAGACUGGUGUUUCAUCACAGGAAAGUUUCCUUAUCAAGGUCUUCUCAAGUAAUAAUUCCCACUCAGAAAGAGUUGUCAAAAAAUUCUUUAAAAGUUCCAUUGAUGGUAAGGAUGCAGACAAAAUUACAGGUGUCAUUAAUGAUGAACUUGAAAUUAACAAACUUGAUGGAAGAGAAAACAACAUGUCACACUCCUCGCAGCCUUUAAAGGAAAUUGAGAAAGAAGAAGAAAUUGAAGUUUUUGAUUUAGUUGAGAAUGAAUCAACUGAAGAACCGGGCAGCCCUCAUUCUCUGUCCGACCAUGAUAUCACAAGAUCUGCCUGUAAUACUAGUACAACUACAACUACAACUAACAAUAAUCAAGAGGUUUCACAUUCCUUGAAUAAUGAUGAUACUUUUGAAGUGCCUCCUGGAAAUGACGAACCUCUGUUGAAUGAGGAGAAAGAGGAAGGUGAAAUUUCAGAGGAAGAAUCAGAUGAAGAUGUGGAGGUUGUUGGUAACAGGGAACAAUUUCCAACAGUCUGUUUAUCUUCUGAUAGUUCAAGUGGGAAAAGUGAUGAGGAGUUAUCUGAGUCAAAAACUAGAGGACGGAAGCACCACCAUCUUAGGCACAGAAGAAAUAAACGUAGGAUAGAUUCACCAGAAAGAUCCAGACGCCGCAUUGAAAAACGUGGAAACCGUAGUUAUCGACGUAAAACAGUAACUGAUAAUGCUCCUUCCCCUGAAAAAUGUCAGGAAGUCACCACACAGGAAAUAGACCUUAAUUCAAUUAGUUUACCUCCAGGGGAAAUGCCCACUAAGCCAUCAGUACAAAAUAAGGACUGUGCAGAGACAACACCGCUGCAGCAAGACACACCCAAACAUCCAGUUGUAGAAGACAUUUUGAAGGAAACUAAUGACUGUACAAAUUCACCAUGUAAUAACUUAGAGGAUGUAGUUGAAGGUAAGUGUGGCUUGUCUGAAGAACCCGAGGAACCCAAUGCCAGUGAACCUGUUUCAACAAAAACAUCAUGGGCUGAUAGGUGGGCAGAAAAAAAAGAUUUGAAGAAAGUUGUGAUAACCAGUAAAAUUUGUAGAAAUGUUCGAAAACGAAUUCUAUCUGCUCGGAAAAAACAGAUUGUUUUAGAACCAGUGUGUGCUAGUGUUCCAGAUUUACCGCCUGUGCCUCCUUUGGUGCUUCAUGUUGAAGGUAGUGUCCAAGAAUAUCAGAUGUUACAGUUAUUGGUUAGUAAUGGAUCUGAUGAAGAAAAUAGUCAGAGUAAAAAUGUGGAAGUAGAAAAUUUACCUGACACAUUAGCUUCAGAGUCUACGACUAUUAGCAAUGUUCCAGAGGGUGGUUGUUUGUCUAACCAGUCAGAAGUGGCUGAAGAUCAACAAGAAAAAACAUGAUUACUUUUUUUUGUUUUUAAUUUUAGUCAGAAGUGGCAUUGAUUUUUGAAUGAAUCAAAAUACAUUGCGGUUUCUGUGACAUGUUACUGAUCUCAUGUCUUCUUCAACAAGCAGCAACUGAGUUUUGCUGAUAACAUUAUUUAGAAUAUAUUUCAAAUCAGGAAUGGAAGAUUGUUUCUCUUUAUCUUAUGCUAAGCGUUUAAGAUUCUUCACAAUAGUCAUAAUGAGGAAGUCUUUUUAAAAUUAUUUCACUUGUUUCAUGAUUACCUAUGUUCUUUAUCAAAACAACUAUUUUCCUAAAACUAAAUAUUAAAUAUACACUGUCAAUAAAAUCGGUCUGAUGCAUAUUGUUAACUCAUUGCAUGUCCUGCCAGGUGCAAAUAAAGAAAGCCGAAGAUUUCAUUCAAA